AUGAAGCCAUCUAAGUCCUCUUUACUCUUCUUUACUACGUUUGUUAAUCUCUAUCCUACUAAGAUCUUAGUUGAUACCGGAGCAUCUACUACUUUUAUUCAUGAAAAAUUAUUACAACAUUUAACCAAGUAUCAAAUUCUAAAUCGAACCUCAUACUCUUUUCUUUUGGCAGAUGGUGUUGCGCCUUUUCACGUGUCAGGAUCCGUUUGUUUGACCAUUCGUUUCGCACAUGUGGACACGACUAUCGAAGCUCAGGUCGCUCGUAAUCUUUGUACUAAUAUUAUCCUAGGGAUGGAUUAUAUCAAUCGCUAUAAUUUAAGUUUUGAUGUAAAACGCCAACUUCUAUCGAUUGAACAUAAUGAUCGUAUCCUCACUAUGGCUAUUGAUCGUGAGUCACCAAGCCGUGAGCUAUCUGUUCUUUCACUACAGUCAGUUAACAUUCAACCUUAUACUACUUGUUCUAUUUCUAUUGCUUCUCCUGUUGCAUCUAUCUGUACUUCUUUCACUCCUGCACAUACCUUAGUUCAAGAUAAGUAUUUAACUCCUACUCACACGUUGCUCCAUUUUCACAACUUUCAUUCUACCGCUUCGUUUACGAACACGUCGUCUAAGCCUCAAUUUAUUCGUCGUGGAGAUCAUCUCGGCUUUCUUACAGAUUGUCUUGAAUCUCCCUUGUUAUCUGUUACGUCUCCAUCGUUCUUCGUAACACCUGACCGGAAUCCAUGUUCUGACACUUUGUCAGUCUCAUCUGAUUCCUUCGUAUCGAAUUCUAACUCUACACGCUAUUCUAUUUCCAUCGAUUCACGAGGUUCCAUCUCAUGUAAUACUAUUCCGUUGCUUCCUAAUUCUAUUGACACUCGUAUUCGUUCAUUGAUACCUUCCUCACUCGAUUCCAAUCAAAGCGAUCGUUUAUAUACGUUGUUAACUCGAUUUGUAUCAACCUUUGAUACAAGUAAACACAAUAUUGCGAACACUUCUAUUAAUCAUGUUAUUAAUACAGUUCCUCAUUCUCCACCGGCUUGUCGGUUUUAUCCACAACCGGAUAAAGAGGACGCUAUGUAUCAAUUGAUGCAGGAAUUUCUUCAGGCAGGUUUAAUCUCGGAAUCACAUUCACCGUACGCCGCACCCGCUAUUCUAAUCAAGAAGAAAGAUAACUCAUAUAGAUUUGUAGUAGAUUAUAAACGAUUGAAUUUAAUUACUAUUAAAGAUUCUUCGCCGUUACCCAAUAUCGAAGAUACACUUCGUAAAUUAGGUCGUGGAUAUAGUUAUUUCUCAAAGCUUGACUUAAAGUCAGGUUUCUAUCAAAUUCCAAUAAGAGAGUCAGAUAAAGCGAAGACUGCGUUUGUCACACCUUUUGGACUAUAUCAAUUCAAUGUCUUACCUAUGGGAUUAAAAAACUCACCUCCCACCUUUCAGAAAGUCAUGUCGGACACGCUAAAAUCAUGUAGAGCGUUUUCAUUUGUCUAUCUCGAUGACAUCGUGGUCUUCUCCACCUCGUUUGAUGACCAUAUACAACAUUUAAAUGCGGUCUUAACUGCGCUACAGUCAAAACAUUUAGUUCUCAAUCCUCCCAAGUGCAUAUUCGCUGCUCAGGAAAUUGAUUAUCUCGGUCACACGAUCACAAGGAAUCGCAUGACUCCGCUUAAAGAACGCAUUGAUUUUAUUCUUUCUCUCAACGAGCCCAAGACGCUUUCUCAAGCGAAUAAAUUUAUAGGUUCUUUGAGUUGGUAUCGUAAAUUUAUUCCUCAUUUCGCUGCUGUAGCCGCUCCUAUCCAUGCAGUCAUUAACUUAACUAGAGGUAAACGCCAUAAGUUUCAAUGGCAUGAUGCUCAGUCUGAAGCAUUUCAUACACUCAAACAAAUGCUUACUACUGAACCCUUAUUUCUUAGUUAUCCAGUCGAUGACAUUCCUUUGAUACUCUCGACUGAUGCUAGUGGCAUCGGCCUUGGAGGUGUGCUACAACAGGAGAUAGAAGGCGAAAUCCACAACUUGUAUUAUCAUUCGCAACUCAUGACUUCUACUGAACGUAAAUAUAGUACUAUCGAAAAAGAAGCCCUUGCAAUUUAUAAAUGUUUUGCACGAAUGCGAACCUUUUUGUUAGGUCGUACUAUUAUUCUUCGUACAGAUCAUUGUCCACUCUGUCAUAUCAUGGAAAAAUCAGUUCAUAAUACACGCGUAGAUCGUAUUACUCAUUUGAUUCAAGAAUAUAAUAUUGAUAAAGUUAUCCAUAUCACAGGCAAAGAGAAUUGUCUUCCUGACUUUCUCUCACGUUAUGCGAAUGAUAUCGACGAUGACCUUUUCGAAAUUGAUUAUGGUUUAGAGAAUAAACAGAGUAUACUUGCUUCCAUGGUGCUACGAUCUCAUACAANGUCGUUUUCUUCUAAAAUCUUGUAA